AUGGAACCAGAGAAUGAUACACGAAUUUCAGAAUUUUAUCUUCUGGGAUUAUCAAAGGAACCAGCAUUGCAGCCUCUCACUUUUGGGCUUUUCCUCUCCAUGUACCUGAUCACUGUGUUUGGAAACCUGCUCAUCAUCCUGGCCGUCAGCCUAGAACCCCCACUCCACACACCCAUGUACUUCUUCCUCUCUAACUUGUCCUUUGGAGACAUUUGUUUCACCUCCACCACCAUCCCAAAGAUGCUACAGAACAUUUGGACGCAGAGCAAAGUUAUCACCUAUGAAGGUUGCAUCAUCCAAAUGUAUUUUUUCAUACUCUUUGCAGGAUUGGAUAUCCUCCUCCUGACUGUGAUGGCCUAUGACCGCUUUGUGGCCAUCUGCCACCCCCUACACUACACAGUCAUCAUGAAACCCUUGCUCUGUGGACUGCUGGUUCUGGCAUCCUGGAUCAUGAGUGCCCUGAAUUCCUUAUUACAAAGCAUAAUGGUGUUGUGGCUGUCCUUCUGUACAGGCUUGGAAAUCCCCCACUUUUUCUGUGAAAUUAAUCAGGUGGUCCAACUUGCCUGUUCUGACACCUCUCUUAAUGACACAGUGAUGUAUUUUGCAGCAGGGGUGUAUGGUGGAGCUUCCCUCACUGGAAUUCUUUACUCAUAUUUUAAGAUAGUUUCCUCCAUACGAAGAAUCUCAUCAGUGCAGGGAAAGUAUAAAGCAUUUUCCACCUGUGCAUCUCACCUUUCAGUUGUCUCCUUAUUUUAUUGUACAAGCCUAGGAGUGUACCUCAGCUCUUCUGCUACCCACAGCUCACACUCAAGUGCAGUCACCUCAGUGAUGUACACAGUGGUCACACCCAUGCUGAACCCCUUCAUCUACAGUCUGAGGAACAAAGACAUAAAGAAGGUUCUGAGAAGAACCAUUGGGAUGGCAGCUGUAUAA